AUGGGGUUCACGUUCACAAAUGACCGUCUACGGAGGUCCAAGUCCACGCGCUCCUUCCGAGGGUCGCGCCACUCCUCCUCGACUCCCCAGGAGGCUUUCGAUCCAGAGCUCGCCAAAGUCCAGGCCACGGCCGCCGCUUCGUAUGCCAUGCGGCGCUCCGGUGAGCGCUCAUCGAUGGAUUCCAAUUCCAGGGGCUCGUACAAUCGUCUAGGAGGGCCGGGGAAUAUGGCAGUCCCUCGCAGGUCUCACCACAACUCCUCGGAUGCAUCGUCGACGGCAGACCAGAUCUCUCUGUCUGAUACCGUGUAUCCCUCUCGUCAUCCAUCGAGCCAAUAUCGAGGCAGUCAUGAAAGCUACUGCCAAUCUGACACCGCCACUCUUCCUCCGAUCAGUGAAUUUCAGGGUCUCGAUGGCCGUCUAGCCGAGGAGCCGUCCUCUUAUCGCCGACUUCGUAAGACCAAGUCCAUGUUCUCGACCAAGCGCUACUCAUCAGAGCCAGGGGAUGGGUCUUUCCCACCGGAUAGUAACGGCUAUAUCGGGUCUCGCAAAAAGUCCUAUGGAACCCUCCGACGGUCCAUGUCUUUUCUUCGUGGCGGUGUUAAUCAGCCUGAACAGAACAUACGCCAUGCAAAGAGUCACGAUCUCGCCAUCGAGAUGGCUCGGAAUCAGUUCCACCAUGACCACCAGGAUCCAUCACCGGUUGAACAUUCUAUGAUGACAGCCAAGCAGUCUCGGGAUCAAUACAGACCUUUUCGGAAGACAUUUCGCGUCACAAGCGCCCCGGCACUCGAUGCACCAACGGGAACUCCAUCCUCUCUUGAGCAACAGGUCAAUUCCAAAACCCUACAUGGUAAAGCUCGUUCCUUCUCCCUGUCAUUCAAGAACGGCAUCCGUCGUGUAUUUGGACUGUCUAGAACAAACCAUGGUUCUUCUUCUCCUUCCUCUUCUUCUUCUCCUUGGAGAAAUCGAGCUUCGACGGAGCACCAUCAAAGCCCGGGCCAAACCAACACUGUUAUUCUCGAUACCCCGGAACUGCACAGUGUUUCCAGCUCUGAAACCCUACGUACGUCAACCUCUCGGGUGACCAGUUGGGCAGACUCGACGGCGGCGAACACUGUUGUCUCAUCCCGAAGGCCAGCAGACCGGAACUCUCUGUCGAUCAUCGAAGAACAUGGGAACCUGAACGCUUCACCUCUCAAUAUACGCCCCGAACUCUUCCGACAGAACGGCUCUGUUGAUUCCCAGAGAGUCUACUCCGCUCUUAUGAAGCGAAUUAAUCAGGCGGCCCUUGAAAAUGAGGACGGGGAAAUCUCGUUUGGUACAGUAAAAGAACACAGACCCAUCCCGGAGCGGGCGUCUUCCAUCUACUCCCAUCGCAGCAAGAGGACAGUCCGACGUGUUCCAAGCUCAGAAUCCGUCGCAUCCAUAAGGUCGUUUGCAACCGCCAGCUUGCACGCUCCUGGUAUGCUGGGAUCAUCGUACAACCCAUCGUUUUCGAAGGCGCCAAAACAACAGCAAUCUCAGCAGCAACGUGAAUUUGUCGGCAUGGCUAUGGGAUCCACCGCUACGCUGGAUUCUGCAAGUGUAUAUUCCAGAACCACGGGUGGUCAUUCUCCAGUUGAUAACAGCAACAGCAACAACGGCGAAACUGGUUCGGAUCAGGAGGCGAGUGAGGAACUCGGAAUGGCAACCAUCUUUGAAAGCCAGAGACAGCCCUACAGCUCCCCUAGACGGAGGGCAGCUGACACGGCGUAUUCGGCCAAGCCCGUCCAGCCAAGUGGUAACUGGCAGCAGUGGGUCAGCUCGCAGAUGGCGAGAAUUGAACAGGUGACGCCCGUGCGGGCUCAUUAUAGGGAAGAUUCGCAGGUCAAUGGUGACACAGAGAAAAUUGUUCCGUCUCUCUCUUUUUCAGCUGUUGAAGGCACCAUCACCGAACAUCAGGAGCCUACCGCCUCACCUAGGUCCCCAGGGAGCACCACCACACCGCCACCAAAGGUUGCAGCUGCUGCUGGUGCAGAUAAUUUUUCCCGGCCGCUGACCCGGUCUUCGAGUGUUCGCACCAUUGUUCCAUCCAUGGCUCUGAGGAGGAGCCCGAGUGCUCUUUCAGUGAUGGGUUACCCCAGCAGCAGUCUGGCACUACCUUCGCCGAUGCAAGUGCGUUCCAGCAACGUGGUGCGUAUUCCUGAAUCCCCGACUCCCAAGCGCGAAGGGACCUUGUUGGACAUGCGGAAACAGAUGGGCGAGCGGGAUCGACGAUCCUCAUUGCGGUAUCCCACUGGUCCACAGGAUGUCAAAGCUGUUCCGUUUCGGUCGAUCCGGGGGAACAGGGGCGGCCGACAGCCAAUGAAUGAGAACAUGAAAGUUCAGGAUGAAUACGGGGACGACCCGAUGCAAGACUAUACUAAGCUAGAAGAACUUCCCUCGACGAUCUCGAGCAAGCGGAUGGUGGAGAUAUUUCUAAGCAGCCGUCGACGUCAGAUGGGUGGGAGAAUGUCAGAAGAGAGCCAGGAAGCGUUUGUCUAG